AUGCGGCUACUCCCACGCCCACAUCGUCUGGACGGGGCUGGCACCACUUUUGUUGUAUGCUCUAUUCAGUCUGCUCGGGGGUGCAUGGAACAUGGAGGCUUCCACCGGAGCUGUUCUACGUUUCUGAAGCCUGAGUUGAACGGAAAAUGGCGGACAACAGAGGCCUUUUUCACGUUCACUCCUCCAGCUGCCUCGUCUGACCCGAGCCUCUCGUGUCCCAAUACAACCUAA